GCAAUACAGCCGCUGUUACAUCGUCAAUGAUUCCGAGCACUUCUGCAGGAACUGCUUCUUCCACAGUGAAUCCUAGUACUACAGCAUCAACUGCAACAUCGUCAAUGGUGCCCAGCACUGCAGGUACUACGGCGACUUCAUCAGUGGCCCCGAGCACUAUGGCAACUGCGACAUCUUCAUUGACGAUGGGUACUACAGGAACAACUGCAACAUCUUUAAUGAACCCGAGCACUUCUGCAGGAACUGCUACUUCCUCGAUGAAUCCUAGUACUACAGCAACAGCUGUAACGUCGUCAAUGGCGCCAAGUACUGCAUCAACAACAGUCACCUCAUUGAUGACCCAAAGCACCUCCUUAACAAGUGCUACUUCCUCAGUAAAUCCUAGUACUACAGCAACAGCUGCAACGUCGCCAAUGGCGCCAAGCACUGCAGGUACUACGGCGACUUCAUCAGUGGUUCCGAGCACUACAGCCGCUGCUACAUCUUCAAUGACGAUGGGUACUACAGUAACAACUGCGGCAUCUUCAAUGAACCCCAGCACUUCUGCAGGAACUGCUACUUCCUCGAUGGUGCCCAGCACUGCAGGUACUACGGCGACUUCAUCAGUGGCCCCGAGCACUAUGGCAACUGCGACAUCUUCAUUGACGAUGGGUACUACAGGAACAACUGCAACAUCUUUAAUGGACCCGAGCACUUCUGCAGGAACUGCUACUUCCUCGAUGAAUCCUAGUACCACAGCAGCAGCUGUAACGUCGUCAAUGGCGCCAAGCACUGCAGCAACAACAGCAACUUCCUUGAUGACCCAAAGCACCUCUGCAACAACUGCUACUUACACAAUAAAUCCUAGUACUACUGCAACAACUGCAACGUCCUCAAUGGCGCCAAGCACCGCAGGUACUACGGCGACUUCAUCAGUGGUUCCGAGCACUACAGCAGCUGCUACAUCUUCAAUGACGAUGGGUACUUCAGCAACUGCUAUAUCUUCAAUGACGAUGGGUUCUACGGCAACAACUGCAACAUCUUCAGUGACACCGAGCACUGCAGCAACUGCUACAUCUUCAAUGAUGCCAAGUACUUCACCAAGUACAACGGCCGUAUCCGCUACGUCAUCAGAGAUAGCGACCUCCACAAAUACUGUAAUUCUGGGAACAACCACUGCAACAUCUGCCAUGAAACUCACGAGUACAGCAUUAACUGUAACUCCUCCAAUGACAAUGACCGAUGCAGCAGGAACUGCAACUUCCUCAAUGACUACUGCUUUUACGGCUACAACUGCAACUGCCUCAAUGAACCCGAGCACUACAGCAAACACAGUCACUUCUUCCAUGACUCCUAGUAUUGCGAUGUCAACAACGGCAAUGACUAUUAGUACUACAGCUACAACUACAACUUCCUUAAUCACUUUAAACAUCAUAACAACAACUGCAACGUCCUUAAUGACCCCUAGUAUUUCAGCAAACACUGCUACAUCUUCAAUGACCCAAAGCACUACAGCGACAACUGCUACUUCGUCAAUGACUCCGAGUACUACAGCUACAACUCACAUUUCCUCAAUGAGUCCCACUUCUACAGCAACUUCUACAUCUUCAAUGGCGCCUAGUACUACCGCAACUGCUACCUCUCUAAUGACAAUUGAUACUUCAGCAACAACAGCAACCUCUCCGAUGACCCUAAGCAAUUCUGCAACUGCUACUUCCUUAAUGAAUCCUAGUACUACAUCAAUUGGUACAUCUUCAAUGACGCCUAGUACUACAGCAACUGCUACAUCUUCAAUGAAUCCUUCUACUACAGCUACCACAGCAUCUUCCUCAUUGAACCCGAGCAGUUCUGUACCAACUGCUACUUCUUCAAUAAAUCCUAGUGCUUCAGUAACAACUACAAUGUCGUCAAUGCUACCCAGCACUACAGCUACAACUGUAAUUUCCUCAAUGACUCCGAGCACUACAGCAACUUCUACAUCUUCAAUGACGCCUAGUUCUACAUCAACCGCUACUUCUUCAAUGACAAUGGGUACUUCAGCAACAACAGCAACUUCUUCGAUAACCCUAAGCACUUCGAUAACAACUGCUACUUCCUCAGUAAUUCCUAGUACCACAUUAACAACCGCAACGUCGUCAAUGGCUCCCAGCUCUACAGCAACAACGGUUCUGUCUUCAAUGACAAUGGAUACUUCAGCAACAUUAGCAACGUCCUCGGUGACCCUAAGCACUUCUACAACAACUGCUACAUCUUCAACGGAUCCGAGUACUACAUCAAUUGUUUCAUCUUCAAUGGAGCCUAGUACUGCAGCAACUUCUACUUCUUCAAUGACAAUCGGCAGUACAACAACAAUUACUUCAUCUUCAGUGAAUCCUUCUACUACAGUAACAACAGCGGCUUCCUCAGUGAACACGGGCAGUUCUGUAACAACUGCUACUUCUCUAACGAGUCCUAGUGCAUCACUAACAACUGCAAUGCCGUCAUUUACACCCAGCACUACAGCUACAAAUGUAAUUUCCUCAGUGACCCAGAGCACUACUGCAACGGCUAGAUCUUCAAUAACACCUACUUUUACAUCAACUUCAGCAACAACAUCAAUUUCUUCGAUAACCCUAACCACCUCUGCAACAACUGCUGCAUCUUCAAUGACGCCUAGUACUACACCAAUUGCUACAUCGUCAAUGACACCUAGUACUCCAGUAAUUGCUGCAUCUUCAAUGACAAUGGGUAUUACAACAACGGGUACAUCUUUAAUGAAUCCUAGUACUACAUCAACCGCUACCUCUUCAAUGACUAUGGGUACUUCGGCAACAACAACUUCUUCGAUGACCCUAAGCACUUCUGCAUUAACCGCUACUUCUUCAGUAAAUCCUUUUACUACAGCGACAGCUCCUACUUUAACAAUGACUCCAAGUACUACAGCUUCUACUCACAUUUCCUCAAUAAGUCCAACUGCUACAGCAACGUCUACAUCUCCAAUGACGACAAUUGCUACAUCAACUGCUACCUCUUCCAUCACAAUGGGUACUUCAGCAAUAACACCAACUUCUUCGAUAACCCUAGGCACAUCUGUAACAAUUGUUACAUCUUCAACGACAUUGGGUACAACAACAACAACAACAACAACUCAAUCAUCUUCAAUGAAUCCUUCUACUACAGCAACAGUAGAUUCCUCAAUGAACCCGACCAGUUCUGUAACAACUGCUACUUCUCUAACGAGUCCUAGUGCUUCAGUAACAACUGAAAUGUCGUCAAUGUCACCCAGCACUACAGCUACAACUGUAAUUUCCUCAAUGAACCCGAGUUCUACUGCAACGGCUACAUCUUUAAUUACGCCUAGUACUACAUCAACUACUACUUCUUCAAUGACGCCUAGUACUACAGCAACUGCUACAUCUUUAAUGAUAAUGGGUAUUACUACAACAAUAACUCCGUCAUCUUCAAUGAAUCCUUCUACUACAGCAACAACAGCAACUUCCCCAAUAACCCCGAUCAGUUCUGUAACAACUGCUACAUCGUCCAUGAAUCCUAGUGCCUUAGUAAAAACUGCAAUGUCGUCAAUGUCACCCAGCACUACAGUUUCAACUGUAAUUUCCUCAAUGACCCCGAGUACUACUGCAACGGCUACAUCUUCAUCGACGCCUAGUUCUACAUCUUCUGCUACCUCUUCAAUUACAAUGGGUACUUCAGCAACAACAUCAACUUUAGUGAUGACUAUAAGCACUUCUGCAACAACUGCUACUUCCUCAUCGAAUCCUAGUUCUACUGCAGCAUCAACAACAACGUCUUCAUUGGCGCCCAGCACUACGUCAACAACUGCUGCAUCUUCAAUGAAUCCUAGUACUACUGCAUCGGUUACAUCUUCAAUGACGCCUGGUAUUGCAUCAACUGCUACCUUUUCAAUGGCAAUGGAUACUUCAGCAACAACAGCAACUUCUUCGAUAAACCUAAGCACUUCUCCAACAACUGCUACUUCCUCAGUAAUUCCUAGUACUACUACAACAACUGCAACUUCGUCAAUGGUACCCAGCACUGCAGCUACAACUGUAAUUUCCUCAAUGACCCCGAGCACUACAGCAACAAUUGCUACUCCAUCAAUGACUCCGAGUACUACAGCUACAACUCCCAUUUCCUCUGUGAGUCCCACUACUCCAGCAACUUCUACAUCUUCAAUGACGCCAAGUGCUACAUCAACUGAUACCUCUUCAAUGACAAUGGGUACUUCAGCAACAACAGCAACUUCUUUCAUGACCCUAAGCACUUCUGCAAUAACUGCUACAUCUUCAAUGAAUCCUAGUACUCCAGCAACUGUUACACCUUCAACGACAAUGGGUAUUACAACAACGACAACAACAAUUUCAUCAUCUUCAAUGACUCCUACUACAGCAACAACAUCAGCUUCCCCAAUGAACUCGGACAGUUCUGUAAUAACUGCUACUUCUUCAAUGAAUCCUAGUGCUUCAGUAGCAACUGCAAUGUCGUCAAUGUCACUCAGCACUACAGCUACAACUGUAAUUUCCUCAAUGACUCCGAGCACUACUGCAACGGCUACAUCUUCAAUGACGCCUACUAUUACAUUAACUGCUACCCCUUUAAUGACAAUGGGUACUUCAGCAACAACAUCAACUUUAACUCCCAGCACUACAGCUACAACUGUAAUGUUCUCAAUGACUCCGAGCACUACGGCAAGUGCUGCAUCUUCAAUGACCCCUAGUAUAUCAGUAACCGCAACAUCUUCAUUGACUCCUAGUUUUGCAGCAACUGCUAUAUCUUCAAUGACUAUGAGUACUACAGUAACAGCGGCAACAUCUUCAAUGAAUCAUUCUACUACAUCAUUAACAGCAACUUCUUCAAUUACCGCAAGCACUACAGUAACAGCUACAUCUUUAAUGACGUCGCGUACUACAUCAAUAACUGUUGCAUCUUCAGUGACGGCUAGUACUACAGCAACUGCUUUAUCUUCAAUGGCAAUUAGUACUUCAGGAACAACUUUCUCGAUGAAUCCUAGUACUGCAACAACAACUGCAACGAUCUCCAUGUUGCCCAGCACUACAGCGACUUCAUCAUUGGUCCCGAGCGCUACGGCAACUGCUACAUCUUUAAUAACGCUAACAACGGCUGCAUCCGCUACGUCGUCAGUGAUAGCGACCUCCACAAGUUCUCCAAUACUUGGAUCAACCACUGCAAAAUCAUCCAUGACACAAGCGAGUUCAGCAACAACUGCAACGGCCUCAAUAAACCCGAGCACUACAGCAAGCACAAUUAGUUUUUCUAUGACUCCUAGUACUACAAUAACAAGAAUGCCUACUAGUACUACAGCUACAACUGCAACUUCCUCAAUGACCUCGAGCAUUGUAGCAACAACUGCAACGUCCUUAGUGACCCAUAGCAUAACAGCAACCAUUGCUACAUUUUCAAUGACUCCAAGUGCUACCGCUACACCUGCAACUUUUUCAAUGACCCCAAGCACUACAGUAACUACAACAACUACAAUAAUUGCUACUUCCUCACUGAAUCCUAGUACAGCAACAAUGACUGGUUCAUCAAUUACCGCCAUUACCUCAACGACAACUGCAGCAGUGACACCUAGUACAACAUCAAGAGCGGUUACUUCCUCGGUGACGUCUAGUACUACCGGAAGAAUUGCUACUUCUUCGAUGACCCCGACAACAACAGCAACCGCAGUUGCUUCUUCAAUAACUCCUAUUACUACAAUAUCAACAAUUUCAAUGACCCAAAGUACGACAGUAGCAGCGGUUACUUCCUCAAUGACUCCAAUCACAACAGCAACAACAGUUGCUUCUUCAAUGACUACUAGUCCUACAAGUACGGCAUCAACAAUUGCAUCUUCAUCGAUGGCAGCUAGCACUACAGCAACCACUGCUACAUCUUCAUUGACUCCGAGCCCUACAACAACUACAAUAAUUGCUACUUCCUCACUGAAUCCUAGUACUACAACAAUGACUGGUUCAUCUAUUACCGUCAGUACCUCCGUAACAUCUGGAACAAUAACACCUAGUACUACGUUAACAACAGCUACCUCCUCAGUGACAUCUAGAACUCCUGGAACAACUGCUACUUCUUCGAUGACCCCGAGCACAACAGCAACAACAGUUGCUUCUUCAAUGACUCCUAGUACUUCGGUGUCAACAAUUUCAAUGACCCAAAGUACUACAGUAGCAGCGAUUACUUCCUCAAUGACUCCGAGCACGACAGUAACAACAACAGUUGCUUCUUCAAUGACUAGUAGUCCUACAAGUACGGCAUCAACGAUUACAUCUUCAUCGAUGGCAGCUAGCACUACAGCAACCACUGCACCAUCUUCAAUAACCCCAAACCCUACAACAAGUACAAUUAUUGCUACUUCCUCAGUGAAUCCUAGUACUACAACAACGACUGGUUCAUCAAUUACCGCCAUUACCUCAACGACAACUAAAGCAGUGACACCUAGUACUACAUUAACAGCAGUUACCUCCUCGGUGACGUCUAGUACUACCGGAAGAACUGCUACUUCUUCGAUGACCCCGACAACAACAGCUACCGCAGUUGCUUCUUCAAUGACUCCUAUUACUUCGUUAUCAACAAUUUCAAUGACCCAAAGUUCGACAGUAGCAGCGAUUACUUCCUCAAUGACUCCGAGCACAACAGCAACAACAGUUGCUUUUCCAAUGACUACUAGACCUACAGGUACGGCCUCAGCGAUUGCAUCUUCAUCGAUGGCAGCUACCACUACAGCAACCACUGCUACAUCUUCAUUGACUCUGAGCCCUACAACAACUACAGUAAUUGCUACUUCCUCAGUGAAAACUAGUACAGCAGCAAUGACUGGUUCAUUAAUUACCGCAAGUACCUCAGCAACAACUGCAACAUUGACACCUAGUACUACAUCAAUAGUGGCUACCUCCUCACUGACCUCUAGUACUAGUGGAACAACUGCUACUUCUUCGAUGAUCCCGACAACAACAGCAGCCACAUUUGCUUCUUCAAUGACUCCUAGUACUUCGUUAUCAAUAAUUUCAAUGACCCAAAGUUCGACAGUAGCAGCGGUUACUUCAUCAAUGACUCCGAGCACAACAGCAACAACAGUUGCUUUUUCAAUGACUACAAGUCCUACAAGUACGGCAUCAACGAUUGCAUCUUCAUCGAUGGCAGCUAGCACUACAGCAACCACUGCUACAUCUUCAUUGACCCCGAGCCCUACAACAACUACAAUAAUUGCUACUUCCUCAGUGAAUCCUAGUAGAGCAGCAAUGACUGGUUCAUUAAUUACCGCAAGUACCUCAGCAACAACUGCAACAUUGACACCUAGUACUACAUCAAUAGUGGCUACCUCCUCAGUGACCUCUAGUACUACUGGAACAACUGCUACUUCUUCGAUGAUCCCGACAACAACAACAGCCACAUUUGCUUCUUCAAUGACUCCUAGUACUUCGUUAUCAACAAUUUCAAUGACCCAAAGUACUACAGUAGCAACUGUUACUUCCUCAAUGACUCCGAGCACAACAGCAACAACAGUUGCUUCUUCAAUGACUCCUAGUACUUCGGUGUCAACAAUUUCAAUGACCCAAAGUACUACAGUAGUAGCUGUUACUUCCUCAAUGACUCCGAGCACAACAGCAACAACAGUUGCUUCUUCAAUGACUAGUCGUCCUACAAGUACGGCUUCAACGAUUACAUCUUCAUCGAUGGCAGCUAGCACUACAGCAACCACUGCUUCAUCUUCAUUGACUCCGAGCCCUACAACAACUACAAUAAUUGCUACUUCCUCAUUGAAUCCUAGUACAGCAACAAUGACUGGUUCAUUAAUUACCGCAAGUACCUCAGCAACAACUGCAACAUUGACACCUAGUACUACAUCAACAGUGGCUACCUCCUCAGUGACCUCUAGUACUACUGGAACAACUACUAUUUCUUCGAUGAUCCCGACAACAACAGCAGCCACAUUUGCUUCUUCAAUGACUCCUAGUACUUCGUUAUCAACAAUUUCAAUGACCCAAAGUUCGACAGUAGCAGCGGUUACUUCCUCAAUGACUCCGAGCACAACAGCAAGAACAGUUGCUUUUUCAAUGACUACUAGUCCUACAAGUACGGCAUCAACAAUUGCAUCUUCAUCGAUGGCAGCUAGCACUACAGCAACCACUGCUUCAUCUUCAUUGACUCCGAGCCCUACAACAACUACAAUAAUUGCUACUUCCUCAGUGAAUCCUAGUACAGCAGCAAUGGCUGGUUCAUUGAUUACCGCAAGUACCUCAGCAACAACUGCAACAUUGACACCUAGUACUACAUCAAUAGUGGCUACCUCCUCAGUGACCUCUAGUACUACCGGAACAACUGCUACUUCUUCGAUGACCCCGAGCACAACAGCAACAACAGUUGCUUCUUCAAUGACUACUAGUACUACAAUAUCCACAACUUUAAUGUUACCUAGUACAACAACUUCACCUGCAACUUCCUCUAUGACAAUGAGUACUGCAUCAGCGAUUGCAUCUUCAUCAAUGGCAGUUAGCACUACAACAACCACUGGUACAUCUUCAAUGACCCCGAACCCUUCAACAAGUACAGCAACUGCAACUUCCCCGACGAACCCGAGCACUUCUUUAACUACUGCAACUUUGGCAUUGACCCCGAGUACUACAGCAACAGUGACACCUGCUACUCUAGCUACAGCUGCUAUCUCCUCAGUGACAAGUAGUACUACAGCAACCGCUACUUCCUCAAUGACCCUUAGUACUGCAGCUUUAACAGUAACUUCCUCAAUAACCCCGAGCACAACAUCAACAGCUGCCACAUCCUCGAUUCUUUCUAGCUCUACUACAACAACCAUAAUGGCUGCGUCCGCAACCUCAUCAUUGACAGCGACCACCACAGGUUCUACAGUACAGGAAACAGCCACGGCAACGUCUUCCAUGGUACCUACAAGUACAGCAUUAAGUGCAAUUUCCACAAGUACAGCAUUAAUUGAAACAUCCUCAAUGACGCCAGGCACUCUAUCUACACUAUCAACCGUUGCUACUUCAGUGGCUCCUGGUACUACAGCUACAAGUACAUUUUCCGCAACGACCCCUAGCACUACAACUACAAGUGUAACUUCCGGAAUAGCCUCUAGUACUACAACUACAAUAGCAACUUCCGCAAUGACCGCAGGUACUACAGCAACAACUGUGAUUUCUUCAAUGGCUCCUAGUACUGCAACUACAACUUCAACUUCCUCAAUAAUCCCGAGUACUGCAGCUACAACUGCAACGUCCGCAAUGAUGAUGAGUACUUCAUCAACUGCUACAUCAUCAAUGACUUCAACGUCUAUGUCAACUGCUACAUCUUCAAUGACACAGAGUACUAUAACAACAACUGCGACUCUAUCAAUGAAUCCAAGUACUACAACAACAUUUCCCACUUCUUCUAUGACACAAAGCACUACAGCGACAGCUGCAACUUCCUCAACAACCCCUAGUAUUGCAGCAACCAGUGCUACAUCGCCAAUGACCUCGAUCACUACAGCAACAACUGGAACUUCCUUAAUGGCAUCGAGCACUACAACAUUUGCUACACCGUCAGUGACGAUGAGUGUUACAUCAACAAUGACUCCUAGCUCUUCAGCAACAGCAACGACAGUAUCCGCUACUUCGUCAAUGACAUCGACCACCUCAAGUUCUGCUGCGGUUGUCGAAAUCGUCGCUACUGUCACCUUUGUGGUAUCGUUUGAAACGCGAGACGGCCAGCCACUAAACUAUACAGACGACCUCAAUGAUUCAUCUUCGGCUCGCUUUUUGGAGCUCGAGAAAUUCUUUUGUGAAGGGGUUGAAGCCCUCUACCGAUCGAGAUUGUCCAGCUCUUUGAAUCCCCUCCUCACCUUCAACUGUGUGGCAAACAGCUUCUCUCCAGGCAGUGUGAUAGCGGACCUCUCAGCCGAGCUGACGGCGCUGUCGGGAACGAUUACCGAGGCAGAGGUGGAAAAUAUUACCGCAUUGGAAAACACAACAGCCCCUGAUACUAUUUCGGUCAAUGGCACCACAUUUACCGUAGGAUCAUUAAGUACAAAUGUUACGAUACCGACAACGACGCCCGCUCCAUCUACAACUCCAGCGACGCCUGUUGUGGUAGAGGUGGUUGCUUCUGUUACCUUCGUUUUGGCAUAUGAAACCCAGGACGGACAACCACUCAACUUCACCGACGACCUCUACAACAGAACCUCAACUCGCUUUUUUGAACUUCAAGAUUAUUUCUGCCGAGCCGUUGAAAACGUCUCUAGAUCUCAAUUAUCGACGGAACUCGACCCGAUCAUUACCUUCGAUUGUACUGCCAUUAGCUUCGAGCCGGGUAGUGUCAUCGGGACUAUUCUGGCGGAGUUGACGGCCAUACGGGGAACAGUUACUGAUGCACAAUUGCAAAAUAUAGCGACCUUAGAGAACAUAGCAUUCCCGACAUCAAUAGAAGUGAAUGGAACCAUCUUUGGAGUUGGGUCCUCUUACACAAUAACCGUUACAAUACCUACAACGACGCAAGCUCCAACAACGCAAGCUCCAACAACUACGGUGGGUACAGCGCCCUCUGUCGACUCAUCUACUAUCUCGGUUGGAGCCAUUGUGGGUAUUGUGCUUGGCGUCCUGGCAUUUGUCAUGAUCGUCGUUAUCUUCUUCUGUACCUGUUUCAUCGCAAGCAUAAGGAGAAUUCAACAGGAAAAGAUUCUUAUUGCUGGACGUCGUGAACCCAAUCGGGCAUUCUACGAUGAUAAUCUGAGCUUCCUCGAAGAUGAGACGUUCUACUCUGAAGACCUUUCCGGCGGCUCUUCCUUGGACGAUAGAAGGUUCGUGGUAGGCCAGGCCCUGCGCAGGAUGGGUGAAACGAGUUACCCGAUGUCGGAAUACUCACAGGAUACAUCGGAAGGAUUUGGAGCUCAGAAUUACAUAAGACCUUAUGUCACGGACGGCAUGGAUGGGGAAGCCAUUGAAAGGAACCCACUACCUGCCUCACACAUGUGGUAAUUGGAAUACGCAGUGCCAAAAUGCGAUUUUUAUUCCUACCAUACAUCGAGAGGGAUGUGUAAUUAUUUAUUGAUACUGUACAUAAUGCGAUAAAUAUUAGACCAAUGAUGCGCUAUAUGAAGUGAUGAAAUAUAUGUCAAUAGAGACUGAAAGUUUAUUGAAUAAUAUUUUGUAUUCUUUAUCUAAUAAGGGUAAUAUAUACAACACUCCUCUAAUAAUAUUUUGUAAGUUGAUUUUCUUUCCCAUGAAACCAUGAAAAUGAAUGGAAUGUAAUAGUCUUCUGAUAAUAAAUAAGUAUAUGUCUAUGCAAACCUGGUAGUAAAUAUGUGUACACAUUUAGAAACAGAAAAACGAAUCGUUAAAUAGUAUACUUAAUUAUCGGUGAUCAAAAAGCUACUCCAUAUUAAAUGUAAAGUCUUCCACACACUGAAGUUAUUUUCUGUGUCUUUGAGUGACCUUAAAUUCAUGUAAAGGACUUCCAGAAAAAAACAUGAGUUCAUAUAUUUUUUAAAGUUAUAUCGCCUGAGGAUUACAAAAUAUAAUUUUACGUGUUAUUUCUAUCUUAAUUGUAUUCAAGUUUCGGGCAUUACGGUUAUUCAGAAAAAAAAAUAUAUGAUCAUGAAUUUAUGAUUUUAAAAUUUGUAGUUUUCUUUUGUUUGUUUAUUAUCGCAAUCUAUGAAAUGACUGUGUGUUAUUUUCUUGACAAAAAGCUCAUGUUCCGAAUAGGGCAAUUGCUGCUUUAAUGAUAAAAAACAUGUAUUUGAUGCAUGUUAUUGACAAUAAUUUUGGUUCAAUAAAAAAUUACUACAGUAUUGAUUUUUGUAUAAUGAUUCAUAUUCGUGAACUGCUCUAGUUUUAAUGAAAAUGUGGAAUCGUUUUACGACAUCCUUAGAAUUACUUUACAUUCAAUCUACAUCGUUUUAAACUUAGGUAAGGCUUAUUUAGACUCAGCCGGUAAUGUCAGAUAAUGAACCGAAGCGGUUUACGUAUCAAAUGUUAAAACUUAUUUAUUUAUUCUAGAACUGAUAUAUUUGUGUUUUCUUUAUGUGCUAUGCAACUAUUGUUCUCUUUUGUAAUAUUACGUUCUAAAUAAAGAUAUUUUUUUCUCUCC